AUGUCUCUUGUCAAGGGACUCUGUAGGAUUAUGGAGCGCAUCGCUCCUCUGCGCUUCGCCGAGAAAUGGGACAACGUCGGCCUCAUCUUAGAGGCUCCACACGUUCGCCCAAACGCGAAUCGCGUCUUGCUCACAAUCGACCUCACCCCCGCGGUCGUCCAAGAAGCCCUCGAUACCCCCACCUCCUUCAUCGUCUCCUACCACCCGCCAAUCUUCAAGCCCCUCACCUCCCUCACGCUCGCGAACCCGCUCCAAACCUCCCUGCUGAAGUGCGCCGCCGCAGGCAUCUCCAUCUACACCCCCCACACCGCGCUCGACUCCGUCACGGAUGGGAUCAACGACUGGCUCUGCUCGCGCGUCGCCGGUCCGCUCCGCGACAUCGCCUGGACCUCGCGCUUCAUCGGCCAGGCCUUCCCGGACGACCUCGGAGGAGUCGGCCGCGUCAUGACGCUCAAGGAGCCUGUGAGCUUCGGGUUGCUGCACGCAAAGAUUCGCCAGGAGCUCGAGUUGAAAGACUUGCAGGUUGCCUACGCAAGUCCGGAAAAAGAUCGAGCGAUGGUCAGCUCCGUUGCCAUCUGCGCGGGUUCAGGCGGGUCAAUGCUUCUGGGGGUGGACGCCGACGUUUACUUCACCGGGGAGAUGUCUCAUCACGAAGUGCUCGCGGCAAUCCAAAGUGGGCACAACGUCGUAUUGUGCGGUCACACGAACACGGAGCGGGGUUAUUUGCCAUGGUUGGCCAAAGACAUCGAGGAGUUUAUCCAAGAGGAGCUCGCACAACCAACGGAUCCCGCAGAAGCGGAGUUCCUCAAAAACCUCGAAGUCGUUGUUAGCACGAAGGAUGAGGUUCCCCUGGUUACUACCUCGCAGUGA